UGAACAAUUAAUGAAUAUUUUCUUUUAUCAAAAUUAUGUUUAAAAUAAAAUUUAAAAAUUAAAGAAAGAAAAUUGAAUGAAAUCAAAACAACAUUUUAUAUUAAAAAAAUCCAUCAAUAUUACAAUUUUUCUGCAGCGAAUGAAAAUUACUAAUGCAAUUUUGUUGGCGUUCAUCCUGCGCUUAAGACCCUUUGCUUUUUUGGUACGUAUUGUCAAACAAAACAAAAACAAAAAUGAUAUUAUAUCCUACAACGACGACGUUUCCAAUGUACGUAUGUAUUUUUUAUUCAAACUACUUUUCAUCUUAUACGAUGCUAUCUUCUAACAAAUUUUAAAACAAAAAUUUUAAAUAAUUUUUAAGGACAACUAAACGUGUUUUUUUGGUACGUAUUAAAAAAAAAAUAAAACAAACAACAACAAUUAAAGUAAAUAAAACACAUUUUCUGAGAAGUACAUGCAAUUCAAUCGUGAUUUAAACAAAAAAAAACAAUAGAAAAUUUAAAAUAAAAAUGAGAGGUCCAUUCGCACGCCAUUACAAAAGCUAUGUUAGUCUUUAAUUUGGUGAGUAAUAUUUUAUAUCAUUUUAUAAAUUAAAAAAAAAAAAAAAACAACUACAAAAUCUUUGUCUGUGUGAGGUUUAUAUUAUUGAGAGAUAAUCUUUAGGCAAUUUUGCAAUAUAUUGUGUGUUUUUUGAAGAAAAAGAGAAAAUAAUAGGCCCAGUCUCCUCUUCAUGGUUUGCUUGAGAAUUCCAUUGAAACUUUUCUCCACAUCAUGGGGUUAUGCUCUUUAAGUGGAUCGCAUGGACCUUGGCGAAUGUCCAAAAGUCCAUGACUUGGCUUUUCGUGCUGAUUAUGAGAGUGCAUCAAAAAAUCGUGACUAUUUUUAUGAUAUUGAGGCAAUGGAACAUCUACAAGCCUUUAUUGCUGAUUGUGAUCGUCGCACAGAAGCAGCAAAAAAACGUCUAGCCGAAACCCAAGAGGAAUUGACCGCUGAAGUUGCGGAAAAGGCCAAUGCUGUGCACGCCCUUGCCGAGGAAAUUGGUAAGAAACUUGCUAAAGCCGAAGCUUUAGGUGAAGCCGGAGAAGUCGAAGAGAGUAUCGCCCUAAUGAAAGAAAUCGAUGAUCUCCGCUCGAGGAAGGUUAAAGCCGAACACGAAUACCGGACCUCGAUGCCAGCCUCAACCUAUCAGCAACAAAAGUUGCGAGUCUGCGAAGUGUGCUCUGCCUAUUUGGGCAUCCACGAUAACGAUAUUCGUUUAGCUGAUCAUUUUGGUGGCAAAUUGCAUUUGGGAUUUAUGGCAAUCCGUGAAAAACUUUCCGAACUUGAGAAAUCGGCCGGACCUCGCAAAGCGGAUUUGCGUCGAGCAGGCAAAUACCACGAACGUGACGAUGACAAACACAAGUCGAGAUAUUUUGUUGGUGGUCGGGAAUUGGACAGACGCUCCCGUGUCCAUCGUUCACGCAGUCGUGAACGCAAGCACAAAUCUGGCAGACGCUCACCGAAAUCUCGCAGCCGUAGUCGUAGUCGUGGACGUAGUAAUAAUCAUCACAGUAGCAGUGGCAGCAGUCGCAGGAGAUCACCGUCCAGAGAUCGGUAUCGUCGUUAAGGAAGAAGAAGAAGGAUAGGUUGUUGCCAUUCAUUUAUUGUUUCAAGAAGCGCACUCACUCUCAUCAUGCACACACGUAUGUAGAAUGGUGUCAUCUGUUUUUUUUUUUUUUUUUUAGUUUUCUUUGUAAACUAGGAUAAUUAAAUUUAAAUUAUAAUCUUUAAAAAGUUUACUUUUUAAAAAACUUUUUCUCAUAAAAUAUAAUUAUAAAUUUUGAUUUGAUGAAACGAAAGACGACGACUAGACGACGACGUGCAUAAUUCAGCUCAUAUUUGGUGGUCAGUAUAAGAGUUAAAUUUUAAAAUUGAAUCCUACAUUCGCGGUGUCGCUUACAAAUUUAAACAAAAAAAAAUGGUGUAUAAGUUACAAAAUAUAUAAAAUAAAAGAACAAAAUUUACAAUACGAGUAUAAUAAAGAACACACACAAAAAUACAAAUCGGCAACGUUAUGUUUAUGUUUUCAUGUAAGUUACUCAAAUAAAAUUAAUUUAAUCAAAUAUACAAACAAUAAAAAUAUGAAUAAAGAAUUAAAAAAAUAAUA